UCUCCCACGCCGAACCUGUGCCAAACAGAAAAAAGGUUGAAACAAAUUCAGAAAAUCAAGCAAAGAACAAUGGAUGACUCGGAAGAAGUUCAGCUUGGUUUCUUAGAAAGUAUGUUUGGAAGAAAUCCCAUGGAAGUUCCAUGUUUCAGAACAACUUUUUUUUAUUCAAUCUCAUCGUACAUUGGUGUGGGCCUGCUGACAUUUCUAUUUACAAGCAAACCUGCACUUUCAUCCCAUGUAGGAAUGGGAUCAUUUGUUGCUGUAACACUGGGUUAUUAUAGUUUUUGUAGAUAUCAGUUUGCUUAUCAAAAAUUUAAUUCUGAAAAGUUACAAGAGUUAUUACAUAAAGCUGCUGUUAUGGAAGGAGUUGAGGAAGAAAAUAAACUUCAAGAAGCUUAA